ACAAAAAAAAAAAAAAAAAAAAAAGAUUUUGAGCAGCAAACCAACCAGAUGGGUUUAGUACAAACAGGGAUAAAAAGUACCCCAUGUCCAGGGAUAAAUACUGCCGAAUCUUUAAUGUGGUGGCCCUGUUUUACUGCCGGAGGUCCUGGACGUCAUGUUCAGAUACUGUUCAUGGCAUAAAAAAAAUUCAAAACAUAAAAAAUCUAAAUUUGACUGCCAUUAGAAAUCAUAUAAUGGGCUGUGUUUGGAUCUUCCAUCAGGACAAUAAUCCAAAACAAAUAUUAAAAUCAACAAAAAAAAAAAAAAAUGGGUCACUGAGCACAAAAUGAAGCUUCUGCCAUGGCGGUGCCAGUCCUCUGAUCUGAACCCUAUAGAAAAUGAGAGGAGUGAACUGAAGAGGAGAAGCUCACAUGGAGCUGGGAAUCUGAAGGAUCUGGAGAGAUCAGAUCAGAUCAUGCAGAAGGAAUGGUUUCUGAUCUCUGGUGUUCUCCAAACUCAUCAGGCAUUAUGGGAGAAAACUAAGAGCUGUGAUUAUGAGAAAAGAAUGUUGCAAUAAUUGGGUGCCAAUAAUUGUGGCCAACAUGAACUAGAGAAAUCACUUAUUUCACAAUGAGAUUAACUGUUUGAAAGCUUUGAAUUUUGUGAAUUAUUUUUAUGAAUAUCAAAAGGAUAAACGAUGCAGAUUUUUUACCAUUGCCGCUUUUACUCAUAUUUACCAAGGGUGCCAAUAAUAGUGAAGGGCACUGUAACUAAUAAUAGAAAUAGAGAAUUGAAUGCAUCAUUACAAUUAAGCCCAUCAUCCUAGUUUAAGCACACUAUCACAGAACAAUCCCUCAGAGAUUCCACUAAUAAGGAAAUCUUCCCUCUGAUGUCAUCAGGCUGGAGGAACAAAUAGCAACAGAGGGGGAGAAGAAAAAGAGAAAGGAAGGGGUAGAGGCUCAUGUAGACACUCUAAACUUCAUCCACAGCUGCUACAACUGCAGUCCAAUCUGUGCUUUCCCACUGUACGGUGAAGAUGGCGUUGGAAGAAAUAUGUUGCACUAUCGAUAUAAGCAAGACUCUGAGGUCUUCAAAAACAGGCUUUCUAUUUUUUCUAUUAUUGCAAAUGAGUCUGGUACACCAAACGGCUAGUACAACAACCACUCUGACAACUGAGGCAGUAUCAUCUACAGUGUCAGAAACUGAAAGCCAGAGUUCAACCAUUCAAUCUACAAAUGCAGUAAGUGUGCUGUCCUCCACUUCUUCUGACCAAACAUUAUAUACGGCCACAUCAGGCACUUCCAUGACAGAAGCUUCAUCCACAACGGCUAGUACACCAACCACUCUGACAACAGAUGCAAAAUCAUCUACAAUGUCAGAAACUGAAAGCCAGAGUUCAACCAUUCAAUCUACAAAUGCAUUAAGUGUGCUGUCCUCCACUUCUUCUGACCAAACAUUAUAUACGGCCACAUCAGGCACUUCCAUGACAGAAGCUUCAUCCACAACGGCUAGUACACCAACCACUCUGACAACAGAUGCAAAAUCAUCUGCAAUGUCAGAAACUGAAAGCCAGAGUUCAACCAUUCAAUCUACAAAUCCUAUAAGUGUGCCGUCCUCCACUUCUUCUGACCAAACGUCAUCUACGGCUACAUCAGACACUUCCAUGACAGAAGCUUCAGCCGUUACCAUACAGAGCACUACUUCUAACGGUGCUACUGUUGCCUCAACAGGCAUUACUAGUAUGGACACAGUUUCAGAAAAUACAUCUUUAUCAGAAAAUUACACUGCGCUAUCCUGUCCAGCAUUUGAUUGCACAACAGAUUGUUACUUCCAGUUCAUGAAUACAACGGCGAAGCCUUGCCAAUCCAGUGAAUAUUUCUGUAAGAUAACGCAACAGGACACAGGUUACUCUGUCAGAUGCAGUGCUUCAUGUGGAAUAUCCUGCGGGAAUGGGACUAUCAGUAAUUGCUCUGUGAACUGUUGCAACUCAACCAACUGCCUAAACAACACUCUGCUUGCCAUAUCCGAUUCACUCAGUACGACUGUAGCUACAACAAAAUCCACUACUACAACCACGACAAUCAAGGCCACAGUUACAACCACCCAAGCAAAUAAUGGCAAGAAGUGCAAUACUUUCAACUGUAAUGGGGUGGCGUGUUACAAAACCAAUAAUGUCAGCAGUAAUGUCAUGCUGUGUCCAGUUGGUCAGGACUACUGCUUGCUACAAAAGACAACAUCUGGCAGUGCAGAGAGCUGGCAGGCGGGUUGCAGUGUAGAUUGCAGAAAGAUGACAGUUUGUCCAAGCACAACUACUUGUCACUUGGAGUGCUGCAAUGCCACCACCACCACCUCAUGCCUCAAACUGUCAGGUGACGUGAACAUGCCCAGCUCCGCCACCAGGGGUCCACACUGUCCCACACUGCUCAUGGCCUCUUUGCUGCUCUUCUGGAUAGUCAAAGUCUUUACUUGAGUGUAACAAAGUCACAUUUAAUACGUUAUCCAAAGAAGCGCCUUUUUCUGUUAGGAGAGUGUAUGUUUGUUUUAAAGCUGAUUGUACUUCUUUUUCUUUCACUUUUAUAUUAUUUGUGAAGUGUGCAAAUGAAGGUGUGUGUGUCUGUCUGUAAGGACAGUGUGAGAAGCAGAAUAUGUAUGUGUGUGUAGAUGCCAAAUAAGCUUUAACAUGGGCAUCCGUAGAGACUUAUGUAAUGUGGAAACAUGACUGUUGUUGGAUUCUUUAUUUCACAGAGAUAGACAGAAAUUAUCCACCAAGAAAUAUAUUAACACUGUAGAGAUAAAUAUGAAGUUAGCUUCCUCUUAAGAGUUAUAAUUAAUUCAUGCUCUUUUUGACAUUAAUGUACACUUUAAGAUGUACACUUUUUCUUACACUGUAAGAAAACAAAUGCAUAGAGAAUGGAUGAUGUCUUGGCAGAAAAUUACCAGUAUCAUUUCCGUUAUGGACAUUUCCUUCAACCCUAAAACAUAAUGCACAAUUAAAAAAAAAAAA